AUGUCGGAUCCGUCCAGCAAUCCAAACCAGCAAACUGAAUCAGAAGGUCGGCUCUCUCCACAUGUCAUCGUCAUUCCACAGACUGAAUACGAGAUUCGGUUAAGAUCAGUAGAACGAAGUACCAAGAAAUUGCCAAAAUUUGCCAAAUUUGCUUACACAAAUACAGUCUGGAACCUUUAUUCCCUCUUUAUCCCUACUUCUAAAGGUGAAGCAACAGGUAGUAGAGACUACCAAAGUGUUCGACCAAUUAAAAAGCUACUUGGAGCAGGAAUUAAGAUCAAGAUAAAGAAGGAUGCAGAAAGUUUUUUGGAUAUAGUAUUUAAACCUAAUGGUGUUCUUGAAAUUCCAAGCUCACCUUCGGAUGAGUUCUCAAGAAAAUUUUUACUUAAUUCGGUUGCGUUCGAACAAUGUUAUUAUUACUGCUCUAUACAUUUUACAUCAUAUGUUACUUUUAUGGGCAAUCUUAUAAAUACAAGUUUUGAUGCUGGAUAUUUGCUCGAUCGCGGAAAUAUUUGUACGGGGGCUGAUGAAGAUGCUGCUGAAUUCUUUAGAGAGUUAAAGGAAGAUCUUUUUUAUGAUGUUGGAAAAUGUUAUCUGGCCAAGGUGAUAGAGGAUGUUAAUAAGUAUUAUCGUAAUGUUUGGAAUGUUACAUUGGCAGGAUGCAUGUAUAAUUAUUUUGGGAGUCUAUGGGUAUUCGUUUCAGCUGCAGCUGCUUUAUUUCUCCUCCUCCUUACCGUUACUCAAACCUUCUUUGCUGUUUAUGCAUAUGUAAAACCGCCCAAUUGAUUUAGCCCAAUUGAUUUAGGUACUGUCUGAUGAUUAUUUUUUCUUUGGUUUAUGGACUUGUCUUGAUUUCUUUUUUCAUUUUUCUGGUAUUUGAAUUUUGUAUCCGUUGGGAUGUUGAUUGAAGCUUCUUCUGCUGUUUCUUUC